UGUACGUCUACCCAUAAUAUACAAUAAGGAAAAUAUGAGUUCAUCAUCGUCGACAGGGAAGAAAUCUAAUAAGGUGAUGAUCGUGAUGGCGGCGGUUCUGUUAGUGGUGUCGUUGAGAACUCGAUCGGCGUCGGCCGACGUAAGCUGGCUUUGCAACCCCGCUCUUUUCGACUACGACGAUCCGCGGAUUCCUUCUGCACAUGGACUGCUCGGGACCAUGGUUGGGAAUGAUGAUCCGGUGUUGAAGGGUGCAUGGUACGAUCAUGCACAGACCUUCGAUAACAAGAUUGUCUACGGUUACCGGCGGGUGGAUGACAUUGAGGGCGCGGGGAGCUGCAUUUCUGAAGCCAUGUACGCCCUCAUCAGUAACCCGCAUUGCUAUCAACACUCCGGAGGUCAAGCAUGGGGAGAUGGAUGUUUACUGAGGUACGAGGCCUACCCGUUUCAGGUCUGAUAUACUGCUGGCGAGAAGAUUUGAAUCUGCUGGUUUAAGUUGAUACUGCGUCAUUUGUCAAAGUGUGUCUCUUUAAGUUCUGAAUUGUUGGGCCAGAGUUAUGUUGUCUAAGUUGUUGAGAGCUUUCAGCUCAAGUGGUUAGUUGUUCUUACAUAGUUGCAGGAGUACAGGUUCAUGGGGUGGGGUUGAUGGAUUGUUGGGAGACCGAGAUCCAAGGUCAAAUACUUGUUCUUUAUAUAUAUACAUUUGAUGUUUUUGCAUUCAAUAAAUUAAAACUUGGUCA